AUAACUUGAUAGUGUAAAUUAUCAUAUACUGGCGAAGUAUUUAUGGAAGUACACAACACUUUCUGUUACCUUUUUCCGAGCCUUCCUCAUUAGUGUAAUGUAACUAGCUAACUUUAGUUUAACUUAAAGAAGACAUUGUUGGGGACGGUUACCUUUUUAAACGACAUUCCCACGUCUUACCCCUCCUCUGUCAUGGUACUUUGCCAAAGGAAAUUUGUGUUUUGGGAUUAUGAAGGGUCAGUUCUUUGUCAGUCUCUCUGUAGCUAGAGGACCAAAGGGAAGCUAUGAAAACUAGCUACAUGUGGGUCUGGUCACACUUGAAUGACUGACUGGUCGUCACAAUGCCGAGCCAAACGACGUCCCCGCCGCUGACAGUGACUGUGCUGGCCGCGCUGUGGGUCAGUUUAGGACGGUGCGAGUCUCCGUGGCCAGGAUGUGACAAUGGAAAGCUCUCUUUGGACAGGGACCUGCCUGAAGAUGCUGUUUAUUGGGACUGUCCAGUGUCUACUUGGUCAGAGUCUACUCAGAGAUGUCCCAGUAUUGACACAGUGUAUGAUCCUGAGCCAGCCAUGCUGAUCUGCAUGGAUAAAUCUAUUUCCUACAACCAUACCUUUCCCAACAGUGGAGCGUACAGACCAGUGAGGGCAGAGAGUGGAGAGUACUUGUACUGUCCUCCUCAACGGUGGCUCAAUAACUUGCACCAUGGAGCUACUGUUUUGCUCUACCAUCCCUGUGCUCCUCUCCACGAGCGUCAACUUCUGUCUGUCCUGGCUCGCUCCUGUCUGCCUGACUACAUCAUUACCCCACAUCCACAGCUCAAUAAACACACGCCAAUAGCCUUAGUGUCCUGGGGUCGCACCUUGGAGCUGUUCACCGUGGCCUCUUUAGAUGUCUGUGAUUGGCUGGAGACCACAACAUCCACAAGAAAAAAGUUUGGUGGUGUGAGCCAGAGCAGGAAAUACAACCUGCUGUUAACCUGGUCAUCUGAGCAGCACCGGCAGCAACAUGCACAUCCAGGGGAACACUCAGCAAAAAUGAAGGAGGCUCUGAGGCGAUGCUGUGAGCUGACCAUCUCCUCUCUGCUGAAUGGAGCGAUGGAGGCAGAGCUAGAGUCUGACAUGAAGAAGAAAAGCUUGAAACAAAUUAAAGAGGAAGGUAAAAGCAGGCAGAUAAGAGCUGCCAUUGCAGAAAAACAGGGGGACGAGAGAGAAAACACAAUAACGCAUGUGUCCAGUUUUCUGUCUAACCAGAGCAACAGAACCACCCUCAACAGGACAGGGGACGCCCAGAACAACAACAGCACGCCCGGACCAUCAGCAGAUUCUCAUCCAGGGAACAGGACUCUCUCAGAUCCUCCUGGUCCAAGGGAAGCUCCUUCUCAGUCUAAGAUCCAAAAUAUAAAUCAGGGCCUUAUACCCAUUCCCACAAUUUCUUUGAGGUCAAAUAUGUCUGAGACUCCUGAGUCUCAGAAGAGCAGGCUAAGACUACAGACAGCAGCACAGCAGCCCAGUCCUAAAGAUACUGCCUUCAGAAACCCGAACCUCUCUGCUGGGUUGGAUGUUCUUGCAGAUGGCAUGAACAGUGAAGAUAACCAUACUGCCAGGCCUGACGCCCUGGCCCUUAGUUCAAAAGAUGAAGCUGCAGACUCAUCCAAACAGAGAGAUAAAGACUCUGUUAAACACAGCAUGAAAGAGAAGGACUUCAAAGAGAAACACUCUGAUAAAGACAAGACAGCAGAUGGCAUGAUGAAGGAUAAUGAAGUAGUAGAUGUUAAAGAGAGAGAGUUGAAACAAACACACAGUGACACACACUCUCACUACAAAAGUGAAAAGACCGGCUUUGAAUCUGUUUCCAAAUCCCAAUUGGUGCCUCCGCCCCAGCCACAGCACCCACAGCCAGCCAGUUACCUGCCCAACAGCCAAGACUGCGAUGGCUGCAAAGAAGGCGAACACUGUGAAUGCAACAAUGACUCAGGGGCCGAGGCCCGAGCCGCUGUUGUGAGUAAGGGGUUGCCGAGGACGCCCAGGACAGACGAAGCGGUGUGGGCAGCAGCAGCACUGGGCUUCCUGCUGGUUCUCCUGACCCUGUCAGUGCUUCACACGCGCCUGUACCGCCACUGGAGGACCAUGCCCAGUCUUUACUGGCACGACCCACAGCAGGACUAUGACAGUGUGGCAGAUGUGAUCAGCAGGAGGCUACUAAUUGCAAAGAGGAGGCGGAAAAGGGGCAGAAGACAGGAGUGCGUUCUUCUGCCCAGCUCCUCCAGCUCAGAUGAACAUCCAUAGAAAAAUGAAGGAAACAUCCCCAAGAAUGUCAAGAAUGCACCCAAGUGUCACUGCAUGUAGAGGAGGGGAAGAGUGGACUUUGUGUCCCCACACUAUUGGCAACAGCUUGUCUGUCCAUGAAAUAGACUAUGUGAACAAAUUAGACCUGGGUUGUGCAAAAUGGGUGCAACUCAAUAUUAGGGCAGCAUUCCUAAUAAUCAUACCAUCUAUACACCUUUAUACAGCAUACAGUAGGUUGGAUGUGUCAUAUCAGUAUGUAUCUCAUGUCUUCUUGUGAAGGAGGCAAUGGAAUGGAGGACAAAAUUUUUUUGACCAUCCAAAAUGAGCAUUGUAUGAUGAACAGCGAUUUCUUAAUAAAUUGCGUAUGUCAUAGAUUUGACAUUCAGUAGUCCAAAAGUACAUUCCCCAAAUAACAUCCAUCAAAGAAUAUUAACAAAAGAAGCUACUGUAUAUUGUUGUAAGCUUACACAACUUUCAUCAGUCAUGUGGUUCUGGAUCAGUCCCUUGAGCACUCAGGGCAUCCCCAUAAACAUUACAUCAAAGAGAAGCCCUCAGGUUUUAUUUAGUGACCCACAAAUUUUAUAUAUUUGUAUGACUUACAAUACAUUUGUCUGAUCAUACUCUCUUGCACAUCACACAGUCUAUAGGCAGUAGUUUUAUAGUAAUAUGUUGCUUUUACCUGUGAAGGUUUAGUAUGUGAAUGUGUAAGUUGCUGUUCUAAGCAACGUCGUGUUGUCAUUAAAUGGUACGAACAUGUGAAUAGCUGUAUUUUGAAGGAUUUACAAAGACAUUAAAUUCCUUUACAGUGUGUGGACUGCUGUUGUGGAUGUUUUCUUUUUAUACAAUAAGCAAAUGUUAGCAUCUGACCAGUUAUAGCCGGACCGAUGCCUGGAUUUUUGAGGCUGAUACCAAUAUAAAAAAAUCCGAUAACAUAAUAUACAUACUUGUAAAUUACGUCAAACUUGUCUUAGGCAUUUCUGCACUGCAAUUUUGUGUUAGUUGACCGAUACCUAUAUAUUGGCUGAUUUAUCAGUUUAGCUCUAACGCAAAUCUUGAGAAGGGAGCAAGAAAUAUGCAUUUUACAACCACAUGUACUAUGAAAUUAUGGCUAUUUGUUUGAAGACUGAAAUGUAAUAUGGUUUCUCAUAUGGAUUCUAAAUGCUGUGGUGGGUUGUAGUGCUCAUGUUGUAACUAUAUACUUUUCCUGUGAGGUUGUCACUUGUUUUUCUAGAACUUGUUAAUGGAAAUAAAAGCUGCUGCCCAGUGGCUGGAAUGUCUUUAUUAGGAAACUAAAGGCUCAGUGUAGAACCAGCUCAAAAAGCAUCAGACUAAGUAAAACGAUGCAAGCAAAGUUUUAUGUUUAUAAAAUCAUUGCUUGUUUUGUGAUUUUUUUGAUGUGAUUAGACCCAAUGCAAUAAAUCCAGCUGUUAAGCACCUUA